UUUGGAUGUUUCGCUCAUACACUAAACUUAAUUGUUCAAGAUGCUCUAAAACUAGAAAUUGACUUGAUUGAAAAAAUAAAAUCUAUUAUCACACAUUUCAAAAAAAGUAGCAGAGCAUCUCAUAAACUAAAUGAGUAUCAAAGUAAUAAUGGUUCCAAAAUACCUAAAAAACUUAUACAAGACGUAUGUACUCGAUGGAACUCUACUUACUAUAUGCUGGAUCGUUUUGUAGAAUUAGAAGAUUCCAUAAGGGGAACUCUUGGCCUAUUAGACAACCCACCUCAAGGACUGACAUCAGAACAAUGGACCAUCAUUAAACAACUAAUCCAAGUGUUACGUCCUUUUGAGGAAGCGACAAAAGCAGUUAGUGGUAACAAAUACAUGACUGCAUCCAUAAUUCAAAUUAUAGCACAAGGACUCAAGAAUGUUUGUGAGUUGAUGACUCAAAAACAGUUUUCAUCACCUGUUCAAAAUAUUUUACAAAAAUUAAUUAGUGGUAUGAGUCAUAAGGACAGAUGAGGGACAAUAGAACUAAGUAAAACAUUAAUUCGGUGUAUCUUUUUAGACCCGAGGUUUAAAGAUGUUUCUCUUUCAACAUCAUUGAAACAGUCCACAAAAAAAUGACAUAGUUAAACUUACUGCUGCUAUAAUUUCUGCUAGCAGAGUCCCCAAUAAUGCUGUUAGAGAAGAAAUUGAGUCCAUACCACAACAAGAACAUGAAGAUGAUAGUAAUAGAAUAUCUAUUUGGGACUCAAUAGAUUCUAAAGUAGCACAAGUACAACCUAUCGGAACAAAUACAUCAAGGGCAUUAGUAGAAGUUCAACGGUAUUUAGAAGAGGCAAUCCAAAAUAGGAACAGUGAUCCUCUUAAAUGGUGGUUUGAAAACAAACAUAAUUAUCCUUACCUCAGUUAACUGGCCAGAAAGAUGUUAUGUGCUCUUGGAACAUCGGUACCUUGCGAAAGAGUUUUCUCCAAAGCAGGAACACUCAUAAGUGAUCGACGCAGUAGUUUAAGUAGCAAAAAGUUGGAAAUGCUACUUUUCUUAAAUUAUAAUGCAUAAAACUGUUAUAAUGAUUAUUUAGUUUGUUGUUAGUCUUUAAACUUAUUGUCAUUUUCAUUUUUUUCACUCACAAAUGUACAAAUGUAAGAAAAUAGUAAAAUAAAAUACUUUUUUAAUCAUGUUUUCACUUUAAAAGAAUUGUGAUUUUAUUUUUGUGUUAUGAUAGCAAUAGCAGGUCUUUCAUAAAUAUCACAUUUAUUUCAUAUUAUUUUAUCAUGUUUUUAGCAGUGUAGGUAAAGUGAUAUAAAAUAAUAGCAGUCACUGUUAUUUUUGUUUUGGAUUAACAGUCUGCUACUGCUAAAAUAGCACUGCUAUUACAGCUGCUACUGCUAUUCUUUACCACCUCUACAAGAGAUAGAUUCAUUACCAGAUAUCUCGAUGUGGAAAAUGAAGGGCAA